AAUGCGGCGUUAAGUUUCCUGACCAUCGCUGCUCUCUUCUCUCUCUCAUCCUCUUACUCUCUACUCGCAUUUCUUUUGUAUCUAUAACAUCCAACUACCAUGUCUUGCUCAGGCGUUCGUACUCCCACUCGCGCGCUUUCUCCAGAGCCCUUCGUUGCUCCCACACCGAGCAAGACACCGAGCAAGAGGGCUGCCGCUGCGUUGGAAGAGAUGUCCCUCGCAUCGCCAACGAAACGCGCCAAGCUCGAGUCCCUUCAUAUCGUCGAUGACAAGCAACUCUCCUCUUCCCCUACCCGCGUUGACGAGGCGAAAGAGAACGAUUUCUUUGAUCCCAAACCCGAGGAAUCCGAAGAGGAACUUCGCAAACGAUAUGUUGGCGACAUUCACCUUCCCGAAAGUCAGGAACCUCUUCUUAUUGAAUCUAAACGGCGUUUCGUCCUCUUCCCCAUCCAAUAUCAUGAAAUUUGGCAAAUGUACAAGAAGGCUGAAGCAUCGUUCUGGACCGCCGAAGAGAUGGACCUUUCCAAGGACACUCAUGAUUGGCAAAAUCGCCUAACUGACAGUGAACGUUACUUCAUCUCACAUGUCCUUGCCUUCUUCGCCGCCUCCGAUGGUAUCGUUAACGAGAACCUGCUUGAACGCUUCUCCAAUGAAGUUCAAGCGGCUGAAGCUCGUUGCUUUUACGGGUUCCAAAUCAUGAUGGAGAACAUUCACUCUGAGACAUAUUCACUGCUCAUUGAUACCUACAUCAAGGACCCGCAGGAACGUGAGCACCUUUUCGACGCUGUUGAGACUAUCCCUUGCAUCAAGAAGAAGGCCGACUGGGCUCUGCGAUGGAUCUCGGACAAAAAGUCUAGCUUCGCUGAGCGUCUUAUCGCUUUCGCCGCCGUCGAGGGUAUUUUCUUCUCCGGUUCAUUUGCGUCCAUCUUCUGGUUGAAGAAGCGUGGUCUCAUGCCUGGCUUGACCUUCUCGAACGAGCUUAUCAGCCGUGACGAGGGUAUGCACACCGAUUUUGCAUGCCUCCUCUUCAGUCACCUCAAGAGACGUCCUCACCCUGAUGUCGUGAAGAAGAUCAUCGUGGAAGCGGUCGCCAUUGAGCAAGAGUUCUUGACUGAUGCUCUUCCCUGUGCUCUCAUUGGCAUGAACGCGAAGCUCAUGUGUCAAUACAUUGAGUUUGUUGCUGACCGUCUCCUGCUGGCCCUUGGAAGCCCGAAGGCUUACAAUGUAACCAACCCCUUCGACUUCAUGGAUAUGAUCUCACUGCAGGGAAAAACCAACUUCUUUGAGAAGCGCGUCUCCGAUUACUCCAAGGCUGGUGUCAGUACGUCGGCCCAAAGCACCAAGUCGGAAGUCUCAACAUCCCGUGCAUUCUGCCUCGAUGAGGACUUCUGAUCAUCUUGCUCGGCACCUCCAAGUCUUCGUUCAGGACUUUGUAUUCGUAGUUGGAUUGUUUCUUUCUCCCUUUUAUUCUUCUCUUCCUGUUGCACUAUCAGUCUCGCUGUCUCAUAACAUCGUUAACAGCAUGCACCUCUCAAUCCUCGGCUUUGCAUUUCGACAUUGUCAUAGAUAGAUUUGUUGCACGUUUUAUGUUAUAGCUAACCAUCUCCCCCCUCUAGCUCUCGUGUUCUUCCAGAAUGCCAUUAUGAUUUUACCGAACUUUUGACCUUAUCGUCUGAGUGUCUUUAGUGUUGAAAGGGAAACAAUGCAGUCAUUUGCGUGCAUUA